CAUAUGGUGCAUCCAUGGUUGUCACGUCAAUGGCAUGCCACCCGGUUGAAGUUGGUUCAAUCUGUGUUGGUCAUGAAACCGACAUGACACCACCGGUAUGACCGGUAUGAUCGAUUUACGCAUUCUAAGUAAAAUGACUUCAUUUUAAUGAGUAUAAUGAAUAAAAAAUUAAUUUAUUAUUCAUUUUAUGAAUGUAAUAGUUAAAAGUUGAUGAUAUUUGUUGGAUUGUAACUAAAUUGUCCACAAAUAUGUUUUAUAUAUGAUUAAAUACAUGAGAUAUUAAUUGUUUUCACAUUUUUUUAAACCGGCAUGAACCGGCACAAACUGGUUAUACCACCGGUCGUACCAUGCCAUUUGCCAAACCUGCACAACGGUAUAAACUGGUUUGACAACCUUGGGUGCAUCCCAUUCAGUUAUGUAUUCGUAUAUAACGAGAUCUGACCUUUGGAUUUAGAGUGGGAUCAUAUCUAAAUGAUGAAAUUAAAAAAAAUAUUUUUCUUAUAUUUUAUUGGGUUUGAAUUCUUAUUUUAUUUUAUAAAAAUAGUAAGGCUAAUACCACUACAACACCCGAACUAUCCGGAAAAUGCCACUUGUGUCCUAUUGUUUCCAAUAUUCCAUCUGUGUCCUAAACUAUAUGAGUUUGUGACAUUUGUGUCAUGGCGUCUUACGUUGACCGUUAAAGAUAACGGUUAACUUGACGGAAGUCAAACUAGUGUUGACUUUCGCAGAUGUGGCAGAAAACUGGCAUCCACUAGAUGUCACCUCAUUGACAUGUCAUUACUUAAUUAAAAAUAAAAUUAUUUAAAUAAAAUUAUAAUAACUAUAAUACAAAAAAUACAAAUUUCUUAGAAAUUAAAAACAAAUAAUGGCUCCCCCUCCCCAAUUUCCACGUCUCUGCUUCUUCCUCUUCCCCGCCGUAUCAAUCUUCCUCUUCUCCCAUUCUCUGUUUCUUCAUCUUCCUCUCCAAUCCCAGCAAUCACCAAAUCCAUUAGUGAUGAGUGCAAAUAUAACUCGUUUCUGCAAUCGGGCAGUCUUCCUCCUCCAAUGGCGACGAUGAGCUGGCGCUGCAGCAUCUCAGAUCCACAUCUGCAUCUCCGACCGUCCUCCUUGAAUUCCCUGUGAACCCCCACCUCCACCGGCACCGACGAUUGCCCUUCUCUCAUUGCUCUCAACUAAUUCGUUGGCCUCUCCACCCACCGCCGCCGCCAAACACCCCCUUCACCUUUGCCUCCUCCAAUAAAUCGACCCAAUCAAAAGCUCCACGAAAAGAUCCAUAAUUGUAGCCACGCUCGACAACGGCGAAACCACGAGGGCUCUGUCCCUCACCCCUCUCUUCGACAGCGACGAACAAUGGAGAAGAUCUCUCAAAUCUGGCCGCCGAUCGGAUAGGGAGCAGUGGGUGGAUGAGAACGACGACCCAUUUCUGGAUCUGACUUCCAACGGAGCCGUCGAUCUGGAUCUCGGUCUUGUUGACCUGAGGGACGAAGCAGAGAGUGAGGGAGUCCGGGAAAGAAUUGUGGCUUUGGAUCGGGUGGCGAGAAAGUGGAUUGGAUUGGCGGCGGCAAUGGAUAGGCGGCGGCGCGGGAUCGAGAGAAUUGGUGCUGGAGAUUUGGAGGAGGAAGAAGACGGAGGGGUGGGGAGGAAGGAAGGGAGUGCGGAUUUCUGGGUUCGAAGAGUAGAGUGGAGGACGCGGAGGUGGUGGCGACCUAGAUCGAUUGGUGAUCUGGGUGUUGAUGGCGACUUACCAGAGAGGGCUCCCGGCAGAGUGUUCCAUCAGACGGCGGGAGGAGACGCGGAGAAGAGAUUGGGAGGUUUUUCUAUUUUUUUAUUUUUUAUUAAAUGAAAAUUGAUAAUGAAAAUUCCACGUCAGAUGCCACGUCACCGAUGACUGAAUUUUCUGUUAAAUACUAACGGUCAACUCUGGUCAACACUAACGGAAUAAUAGUUCAGGACACAUAUGAAAUAUUGGAAACAAUAGGACACAAAUGGCAUUUUACGGAUAGUUCGGGUGUUGUAGUGGUAUUAGCCCAAAAUAGUAUAAAAAUAGAACGAAUUAAUUGUGAUGUACAAAAUUAUAUUAAUUUUAUAAUAUGUUUUGAGAAAAAAUUCCGUACACAACACUUUGUAGCACCUUUGUUCUUUAGCUCAAAAGUUUGCAUAGAAAGAACAUGUUAAUUAUAAUCUAUUGUAAUUUUAUUAAUCUGCGUAAAAAUUCAUGAUCAAAUAUACCACCCUCUGGUAUAGGGUGAUAACCUGUAACAAAGUCAAACCUAUUUGGACCUGUUAUACGACAUACCUAAAAUUAGUGUGCACUCAUUUUUGUGAAUGUACCGUAUAACGGAAUGCAUUAUGGCAGUAACUGAAAUUAUAUUAGCCAUCGUGGCUACAUCAUAUCCACUAUCCAUUUUUCUUCUUUUCUCUUUUUUUAAUCUCGCGAUUAAGAUUGCUCUAUGAUAAUUUAGGAAACAAAAAAGAGACUACACUUGAUCAUUCUAUAUAUUCUACCCAAACCCUACUUCUACUCCCUCUCUCCAGCCAAACUCGCCGCAGCCGCAAACUUUCGUCAACAUCAAAGAGGAAGGAUGAUUCUGUCAAGCUUUAUUGACCGCCUCCACCACACCCACCGCACUAGUCCCGUCGGCCGCCUAUACCAGCCUCGACGUCGUCGCUGUCUUUCUCUCUGGUUCGACGACUGUUUAUUUCUCAGAUGGUGAAUCGAUGAGGGGUUCAACAGCUCUCUAUCGUUUCCCAGUUCAUCCCUCUUUGUCUGAACACGACGCACCAACGAGGUUGAUUUCACCUCCUCUGGAUCUUGUCGUCGAGCAUUUUUCGGAAUCGACUAUUGGUGAGAUUUGUAUGCAUUGGUAGUGAUCUACCCCUUUGGUAGUUGUCUUCCCACAUGUGUAGCUUGGCGUGGAAUGGUAGUGUUCAUUGGUAAGAUUGCAAUGGUAGUGUUCUAGUAUUAUGCAAGCUAGUGGUUGGACUUUAUGUGAGUUUAUCAAGCACUAAUUUGUUUCUUGUGGUAGAGCUACGUCUUAUCUUGAAUUGGUAUUGGUUUAUCUCUUUUGUAAUGGUAGUAUCUUCCAUUGUUCCAAUCUUGCUUCAAUGAGUAAUGUGUUUUCUGUUACCAUAUCUCAAUUUUAGGUAUGUCAAGAACCAACAACCCCAAUCAUGGAGGCUCAACAAGCAACAAUCCUGUAAACUAUAUCAUUCGUACAGGUCGGAGAUGAUCGCUGAAAUGAUGCACAUGACCAGAAUUAAUAUCAAACUAACUAGACACAACAAUACAUUACUUAAUAAGGCAACAUGAAUACCAAUAUCAAUCCAAUGAAUACCACCAGAAUUAAUCCAAUAUUAAAUUUGUGCCAAUACAAUUAGUACAUAUGUAAGACAACUACCAAUGUCGAUCACUACCGAUGCAACCAUACAAAGUGAGUAAUACUACGAAUCCAACCCUCAGAUAACCCUACGAUGAUUUAAUUGUUGUAAUAAUUACUUUUCAUAAUCAUUUUUUCCUAAUUAUCACAAAAUUAAUAUAAUAGUUAUGAUUAUAAUAAAAAUGAAAUACUAUUUCUAUUCUUAGUAGACCCGGUGAUUAUUAAUACAAGUAAUCACGAUAU